UGGCCAAUAACCGCUCUGACAAUCAGCCAAUCAGCGCUAGCUUCCGGCAGUUUAAACCUGCUGAGCGGGCGGUGAGUUACCUGGGGACACUUACAGCGAAAUCUGCAUCUUGUGAGAUACGGCGAAAAUGGAUGUCGGAUCUAAAUUUACCAAUAGAUACAAAAAGGAUCUAAGCCUAGAAGCCCUGAAGGCGAAGAUUGUUCGGCGUAAAUCCAUCACUCAGAAGGAGAAUCGAUACAAGGAGUUCAGGAAGACUAGAGGCCUCACAGUGAGAGACGAGAACAUCUCUGAUCAUAAGCUUUACCAUUCUAUACUGCUGGAGGAAGAUUUGGAGACUUCUUCCACAAAAGUCCAUGAACAUAAAAAUGAUCUCACCAUGGUCAAAGAGCAACUGGUUAACCAGCAGCGAGAGAAGCUGGAGCGAUACAAGGAGGAGAAACUUCUCCGAAAGUUAAAAGAACAAAGACAAAAAGCCCGUAAAGCCCCGUUCAAAUGUGGCAUUUAUAAACAUGAAGACCUAUUCUCUUCACUUCCUGAUUCUCUGGAUGGAACCAAAAUCAAACCGAAAGAAAAGUCUAGUACUGUAACUUCUAGAGUGACGAGAUCUGCUGCCAAAACUGAACUUGCCGUUAACAAGACGACCCGACGCCAACCAGUCAUGGACAGCAGCAGAAUCGUAGAGCCCAAAAGCAGAGGAUGUGCAAAAGGAAAUCCCACCACAAAUUCUGAAAAAGAAAACCAGGAUGUUCUUCCAGGAAGACUGACAAGAGCAACAGCAUCAAAGGUUCUACAGAGGGACACAAAUGUUACUGUUGCAAAACCUCAGAAAAAGGGUGUUAAAGUCCUCAAGCCUCCAGGAAACAAAGUUGAACAUGAGAUUGUUGCCCCAUCUAACAAAGAGCAGAAAUCAGAUGGGGUACUUAAAAAUAAAUCUACGGAAGAAAAAGGCCCAGCAGCACGUGAAAGAAUACAAUCAUUUGCACCAGAUGACUUUAUGUUUCGACCAUUGGCUGGUUUGCCGGACUACAAGUUGCAACCUAUGACGCCGUGCAGAGCAAAUAGAUUUCUGACCUCUCGCUUCGCAUGGAGCCCAAUCCCUUCUGAAAGGAAUAAUAUUCCAUUCCCAAAACAAGAAAAUGAAGGGAACAUUUUAGAACGUUUUACCCCUAUUAAACAAAAUCUCGAGCCUGUUAUCAGAACCCCAGUCAAUCCUUCACACCAAGAAACUGAGACCGCAGUACAUGAACCUGAAUUAAACGAGCGAACCCAUUCACAGGCAGACAAUGUCUGCGCCGGUUCUUUACCCUCCCCAGCAGAUGAGCAACAGCAUGAUGUGACUUACUUCAGAGACACUCUAAAGUCACAGAUCCAGAGGCUAACGUUGCUUAUCUCACAAUGGGAAGGAAAAAUAGAGAACGAUAUUCCAGAGGAAGCAAAGGAUCUGAUCCGCACCACUGUGGGGCAAUCUAGACUGCUAAUGUCUGAGCGUUUUAAGCAGUUUGAAGGACUUGUGGAUAACUGUGAAUUCAAGCGUGGUGAAAAGGAGACCACGUGUACAGAUCUGGAUGGGUUUUGGGAUAUGGUCUAUUUUCAGAUUGAAGAUGUGCUGAAAAAGUUUUCAAAUCUCGAAAAGCUGGAGGAGAACUCGUGGCAACAAAACAAAGUCCAGACCAAAAAAAUUCUAAAAAAGAAAAUUGUCCCAGCUUCGUCAGUUAAGGAAAGUCAAGGUGACAACGGGAGGUCUGCAGCUCGGAGUCGUCUGGCUGCUAUCAAAGCCGCCAUGAAAAACAAAUUGAAAUCCGUAGAGCCCAUUUCGGAGGCGUUACCUUCAGAACUACCCACACAAGUGGAUCAGGUGGUUUUUGACGCAGGAUUCUUCCGCGUUGAGAGCCCAGCAAAACUGCCUAACGAUGCAAGAGCAAGCCGCAGGUCAUUCCAGACAUCCGCUACACCGAAGACUGCUAUAAAUCCUCUUUUAAAAAGCUUCUCCGAGAAUGGUGCAACAUUGCAAUGUGGUGGUAAAUCUCCAGUCGGAAAAGUGCUUUUUGAAAAUGCUGAGGAAGUUGGUGUGGCACAACCCGAAAAAUUAGAAGUAAAUCUUGUAAAAUGUUUGGUUCCAUCAGAGGCUUGCUUUUUAGAAUGUGACCAAUCAACUAGUUCUGAGGACACAACGCCUUUAAAUUGCAGGCAACGUGAGACGUACUUGGCUCCAAUUCUCACGUACUCUCCAAUAGAAGAUGAGGUCUUCACCCCAAAACAAAAUGCAUCUUCUGUUUUACUGGCAAAGCCAUUAACUGAAGAAUGCGAGACUGAUGAAACAUUUGACUUCUUGGUGCACCAUGCUCCAUUGAAGUUCGAUGUGGUUCCAAGUGACCUGAUAAUGUUUUCUCCGCUUCAAAACUGAAGAGUUGCUGAUGGUGCAUGAGAUUUGUACAGAGCUUUUUUUUUUAUAGAAAAUCUGAAAAUAUGGACUUGUUACAUUUUUAUAGCUUUUAACCCCUUGACAUUGUUUUAACUUUUACAUUUCUUUCAAAAUGAAACUGCUCACUAAAUGUGUUAAUACAGUUUGGAGCAAGACAUAUGUAUCUUACAAACUGCGUGCUGUUGUAUUUUGCUUACUGACGCUAUCCAGGCAAUAGCCUGGUGACUAGUUAUUUUAAAGGUAUUCACAUUUAGUUAUUACCGGUUCUAUAGGAGUGCUUUAGGGGUCUUGGUAACUUUACAGACCUUA